AACAGUCAGUACACGGGAAAUGGCGAAACUCCAUUGUAUUGGAGGAAUCGAGCAAAAUCUGACUUAGACAAUGCUAUCAAGAACCAACCAAUUAUUGGGAAAGCAAAAAAUACCAUAAUCAUGCUAGGAGAUGGGAUGAGCAUGACGACUGUUACCUCAGCACGAAUCCUCAAAGGUCAACUAAAUGGUAAAACUGGAGAGGAGACUAUACUUAGCUGGGAAACAUUUCCAAAUCUAGCGUUGUCUAAGACCUACAACCAAGAUUACACAACACCAGAUUCUGCCGGAACAGGUACAGCCUUCAUGUCAGGAGUUAAGACAAACAAAGGUGUGAUUGGUGUAGAUGCUAGUGUACAUAGAGGUCACUGUAAUCCCUCACCAGCACACGAACUUAGCACCAUUCUGGACUGGUCAUUGGCGGAAGGAAAGUCUGUCGGUAUAGUGACCACAGCAAGAAUCACACAUGCUACCCCUUCGUCUGCUUACGCCCAUGUUGCUGAUAGGGGAUGGGAGGGAGAUCACUACACACAGCACGUAGUUGGUGGAUGUAAAGAUAUAGCCCUUCAAUUGGUAGAAGAUAAUCCAAAUAUACAGGUUUUGAUGGGAGGUGGACGUCGUUUUUUCUUACCAUAUACUGCUCAAGACCCAGAAUCUGGUUCUAACACACAUUACGGACGCAGAGAUGGGCGAGAUUUAAUUAAGGAAUGGGAAAAUGACAAAACAGCAAGAAACAUGUCUCACAAAUACGUAUGGAAUUCCAAACAGUUUCAUCAGACGAACUUUAGUCAACUCGAUUACUUUUUAGGUCUUUUUGACAGUAGUAGUAUGGCUUAUGAACUAGAUCGUUUUGAUACACAUUAUGAAGUUGCUGGUGAACCGUCCCUGGCAGAAAUGACCGAAGCAGCUAUUACCAUUCUACAGAAAAAUCCUAAAGGGUUCUUCUUAUUGGUUGAAGGUGGUAAGAUAGAUCUAGCUCAUCAUGGCAAUCAUGCUGUUAAGGCAUUACAUGAAACCCUGGCGUUCAAUGAUGCUGUUGCAAAAAUGGAUAGUAUGACAAACGAUAGAGACACGUUGGCCGUAGUCACAGCUGACCAUUCACACACUAUGGUACUUGCAGGAUAUCCUGCCAGAGGAAAUGAUAUUUUGGGUUUGAUAAAAAACAGUGCGGGCAAACUCGAACUUGCAAAAGACCACAAACCAUUGACAUCCUUAAUCUAUGGUACUGGUCCAGGGGCGUGGUCAGGAAUCAGACCUGACUUGACCGGAGUGAAUACAGAUGAUAAGGAGUAUGUUUCGGAAUCAGCCAUUCCUUUGAACCCAUCUACACAUGCGGGAGAAGAUGUUGUAAUUUAUGCAAAAGGACCUAUGUCACAUUUGUUUCACACUACACAUGAGCAGAAUUAUAUACCACACGUUUUAGCAUUUGCGUCAUGUGUAGGGGAAUAUAAAAACAGUUGUGUAGACCAUAUGCCAUAA